AUGGCCACACGCACACAGGAGGCCAACACAAAGCCCAUCGAUAUCCUCAAUGGGGAUGCCACUCCGCCCGCUGGACGGGCGCUCGCUUCUUUGGAUCCAGAAUCCGACGAGGAUGUCCCGGUGGACGCGGCGGAGCUGAAAGAAGCCCUCGGACGACCACCACCGGCUUGCUUGAAUACUUACCUUCGCAACUCAACCCCUCCGGUGUUCUGCUCUCGUACCUGUCGCAUUGCUUCCAUUCUAGAGAAUCGGCAUCCUCUUCAAUAUCCAGAUCAACCCGCGCAUCCAACCAAGAAUCGACCAGACCGUGAUCAGCCAGCCGAUAUAGCGCGAGGCCAGGCGUUUGUUGAGUCUCUUGGAUUAGCUAAUGCGCGUGAUUUGGUGAAGUUGAUACGCUGGAACGACAAAUACGGUAUCAAGUUCAUGCGAUUGAGCAGUGAAAUGUUUCCAUUUGCCAGUCACAAGGAGUUUGGAUAUAAACUAGCACCGUUUGCCUCCGAUGUCCUCGCCGAUGCAGGCCUGGUAAUUGCAGAACUCGGCCACCGGGUGUCAGUCCAUCCGGGGCAGUUUACACAAUUGGGAUCCCCCAAAAGAGAGGUGGUAGAGAGCUCUUACCGCGACCUCGCGUAUCAUUCUGAGAUGCUUCAGCUACUCAAGCUUCCCCCGCAACAAGAUCGUGAUGCUGUCAUGAUUUUGCAUAUGGGUGGAGUCUUUGGCGACAAGGCGGCCACGCUGGACCGGUUUCGUGCGAACUACGCUCAAUUAUCGAACGAUGUGAAGAAUCGAUUGGUUCUUGAAAAUGACGACGUCAGCUGGACUGUUCAUGAUCUGCUCCCUAUCUGCGAGGAACUAAAUAUUCCCCUGGUACUGGAUUAUCACCACCAUAAUAUCAUGUUUGAUGCCAAUGAGCUCCGGGAGGGAACGCAGGAUAUCAUUCCACUCUACGAUCGCAUUGCAGCUACAUGGUCACGAAAGAAUAUUACUCAGAAGAUGCACUAUUCCGAACCAGUUUCUGCGGCUAUCACGCUUCACCAGCGUCGCAAACAUAGUGAUCGCGUGGCUACCCUGCCUCCUUGCAUUCCUACAAUGGACCUGAUGAUCGAGGCCAAGGACAAGGAGCAGGCUGUGUUUGAAUUGAUGCGAACAUUCAAGUUACCUGGCUAUGAUCUUUUCAAUGACAUCAUCCCAUAUACACGAACGGACGAAAACACGCCUUUCAAACCGCCACGCAAAUCGAAAAAGAACGGUGGCUUUGUCGACCUUGAGGGGUCUGUUCCACCACCUCGGAUCAUCCCCGAUGAUGAGGUUGGCAUGGGAGGCCCGGAACGAAGGGUCUACUGGCCGCGGGGCAUGGAAGAAUGGCUUCCGAAGACUAGCCCCUCGAAGAUCAAAAUCGAUCCUGAUUCCACAAAUGGCGCUCUUGAAACACCAAUAAAGAAACCAACCAAGGCCUCAGGUCGCCGCACACCAUCGUCAACUAAGUCUUCGGCGAAGCGCAAGGCUUCAGAAAUCGAGUCUACACCAGAAUCAGAUGAGAUCAGUAGUCUAUCUGUCGAGAUGGAUACUGUCGCCACUCAGACCUCAACUCGGCGGAGUAGUCGCGCAAAAAAAGUCAACUAUGCGGAGGAUAGCUCAUAG